UGAAGGAGUAGGAGAGUCGUUGAUAUAGUAUCAAACAGUUAGACUAUUGAGUCGUGUGAAUGAAAAAUUUAAAAUUAUUACUUAAAUUAAAAAUUCAUUGCCUGGUGAAUAAAUUUGAUAAAUUUAAAGAUACAUUUGAUUUGAAUAUAUAUUAAUGUGAUUGCAUAACAUGCCUGUGAUUUCUAGUUCUUCUGUUUAUUAUAUAACGUAAUUAUGAAUUGUUCAAAUACAAAUUUAUUAUUAAGUACAUGUCUAAAAUUAGAGUCAGGAUUUCGAUACAAAUUGCUAGGUAAUUGGCAUAAACACCAUAAAUCAGAUUUUCGGUAUUUUAAUGAGUGUACAUCAACAUACACUCGCCUUUUUCAUUCAUCAUAUACUCUUGGACAGGCUCAAAAAGAUGGUAUCACAGUUCUUCCAUCACCACAAGAAGUCACCAUCAUAUUACGAAAAAAUGAAUUCAAUAAAGAAUUCACAUCUGGUUCAGUUAAAUCUUAUGAUUCUAAUCAAUUGGCUUCAAAUGAUCCUAUUGAGGACACAAGAAGUGAAGCACAGUGCAAGAUGACACCAGGGUUACUAUUGGGCGUAUUUGAUGGCCACGGUGGUCCUGCUUGUGCUCAAGUUUUAUCCAAGAGGCUUUUGAAUUAUGUAGCUGCGUCCCUUCUUCCAUUGGAUAUCCUAAGAAAAUAUGUUCAUGAAAAUCCAAGAGAGAAUCUGAUAGAAACUUAUAAUGAUAGAGUUGAAAUUAUUGAAGACUUAAAAUUAGUUUACGAAAAUAGUUUUAAACAAUAUUUAAUUGAGCUAAUAGACUUACCUAGAGAUGGUGUAGAUGUUCGUUCUUCAUUAGAACAAGCCAUAUUGAAAUUAGAUAAUGAUUUGUCAAGAGAAGUUGUGGAACCAUAUAAAGUGACUGGUGAUAUAGAUCCUAAGACUUUGUCAGUUGCUUUGUCUGGAGCCGUGGCCUGUGUAUCCCACAUUGACGGUCCACAUUUGUAUGUAGCUAAUGUAGGAGAUUGUAACGCUGUAUUGGGUACUAUGAAUGAGGAUAAUGCAUGGAUUGCCAAGAAAAUUACAAAAGAACACAAUUCUGAAAAUUUUGAUGAGUUGAAGAGAAUAUGGAAUGAGCAUCCAGAAAGUGAAAGAAAAACUGUGAUAAGGAGAGACAGACUGUUAGGAGAGUUAGCUCCAUUACGUAGUAUGGGAGACUUCCGAUACAAGUGGCCUGUGGAGUUGUUGAAGAAUAUUGCUGUUCCAAUGGUCGGCCAGAAUGCUAUUCCCCCUAAUUAUCGUACACCACCUUACUUGACAGCUAAGCCAGAUAUUUAUUACCAUAGACUCACACCGAAAGAUAAAUUCUUAAUUAUCGCCUCAGAUGGCUUGUGGGACAUGAUGACGCCGUUACAGUCAGUAAAGUUAGUCGGUGAACAUAUGAAGGGUAAAGUUUUCUUCAAUCCCCUUAAAUUGCCUAGGAAAAACAUUCAAUUGGGAGAUAUAAAUGAGUUAUUACUUCAUAGAAAAGAGAGUUUAAAGAGUAAACCUAAAGAUAGAAAUGCCGCUACACACUUAAUAAGGCACGCUAUUGGUGGUACAGAGUACGGUGUGGAUCAUUCUAGAUUAGCACAUCUUUUGAGUUUGUCUCCGGACGUGAGCCGGAUGUUUCGAGAUGACAUGACUGUUACGGUAGUAUACUUUGAUUCAGAGUUUCUUCGACAGUGUCCAGCAUAAAUGAUCUGUUUAUUAAUGUUUAAAAAAAUUCAGUGCCUUGAAUUUGUUUAGUCGGUUUAUUGCGCGUAUUGUCAUUAAACUGUUUUAUUUCCAUAAACAUGCUAAUAUUUGGAAUGUUAUAUUAUUAUUUUGAUCAAUUAUUCAUCGAAUAUGAUAUGUUUUUUUGUAGUACACAUAUACAACUACUUUACAUUAUGAUUAAUAUUACAAAUACUUUGUAUUUAAUAGCGAAUUUUGGAGUAGUGUGUAAAUAAAUAGUUAAUAAUAAACAUAAAUCUAUUAUUCAUUCAAGUAACCCAUGGUAAAGGCUUAU